ACUGUCACUCAUUGUUUAUUAAAAAGUUAUUUAAAAAAACGUUUAAUGAGUUUGCAUGAAAAGUUCAUAUUCGGUAUCAAGAGACACGGUAGUGUCUCGCGUCAAUUACACGAGCGCAGCGACGACAUUUAUGCGGCGAGACGCACCGUGGAUUGUACAAGGUGUCUCGCCUACAGUGUCCAAUCACUUUCCUGCAGGUAAAUCUCGUUAAACUGAAUUAAAAAGUCCUACAUCAUUUUACAAUUAACCACGUAAAUUUUUGAGAUAUUAAUAAAAGAAGAUUAGCAAAUCAGUAUGUGCGAUGAGGUGAGAUAUCCAAAGACCGUUCACGCACCAAAAUAGAGUAUCUCCAAAUAAAAUAAGGGAUAAAAACUUUACUUAUUUGAUCAAUACUUUUGUGGUUGUUUCGCAUUUUUCCUCAAAUUUUGCGAUUCGACCAAGCAGCGCGUGAACUUGGCGUCUGUUCCUUUUUCAAGGAAAAAGUAAGUUUUGAACGGAUAUACUGCUACGGGAAUUCAAACAAGACAAUUCUGUUGCAGACAUAUCUCGAACCAUUUGUAAUGUACACGGUAAGGAUGUAAUAACUGAUAAUAUUAUCAAACCUAUUAAAACAUCAGAACACACACAUACACACCUAUAUACAACUCAAUAAAUACGUGUUUCCCAAAAAAACGAAAUUUGAGGAUGCAAUUCAACAUUCGUUACAAACAUAAUAACUUGCAGAUAUAAUGAUGUAUUAUAUGUUAUAUAAUUACCAUCAACUCAAAACUGACGUGUACGUACGAUCACCCACGCUCCUUUUAAGAAGCGUGUAUACUUCACGACUGCCUGGACUAAACUGACUGUAAAGACUGUUUGGAAAAAUCAAUUGCGCUUGCGCGAACUUCGGUCAAGAUAUCAUGUCAUGACUAUAUUUCUGUGAGAAAUAAAUAUUUGUUCUACUGUCGGUACGGCGUCGAAUCGAUUGGUUAAUCGCCCACUUAUCUCUCCCUCUCGCAAGUUGUGCGAAAAUUAUUUCUGUAGCAUUUUUAUUUCUGCAUCAUUUCGGUAGUGUUAUAUGGCAUGUUCUAUAGCCCUUCUAUACUAUUGUAGCAUUUUUUUACUACGUCGUAGUUAAUAUUUCAUGUUACCAUAGGUCAGUACGUUUAUGACAAAUUUUAAAAAUUGUAUAAUUUUAUAAACUAAGAUACAUUGUUUGAAUUAGAUAAUUCACUCCGUAUAUAAUUUAGCUCAUGCUAAAAGAGAAAUAUUCUAAACUAUUCGAGGUAUAUUUCAGAAGGUGGAACAUAUGAACUCCGAUCGACAUAUCAACUGCAGCCGAAUGCUCGAAGAAGAAUGAUACGUAUAGUUGAACAUCUUAGAAUCCAACGAAUUUUACUACUUGCUAUUGGGUUAUGGCCUUACAACCAAUCAAAAUUGGUUAAAUUUCAGUUUUUAUUAUUUGCUAUUGUGUCAAAUACCUUUAUUAUAUUUCAGCUGACAUCGUUUAUUACUUCCGAAUGUACUGUUGCUUUUAUUGUAAAACAUCUGUCUAUAGUUUUCUUUUGUCUCGCAUGCAUAACUCACCACAUUGUUUUUCGGAUUAACAUGUACAAUGUGGAGUAUUUAGUGGAACGUCUCCAGUAUGUCUGUAACGAAUUAAAAGACGAAAACGAAAUCGCUAUAAUAAAGAAAUAUGCAAAUAGUGCGGAACACAUCGCGAUUUACGUUACAUCGUGUAUGGUGUUCUGCUUAUUGACUAUUACUCUUAUGCCACUUUUCCCGCGGAUUCUUAGCACCUUUCUACUCGUAAAUAUAUCGCGACCACUUUACAAUAUGCAAUUCAUAACUGAAUAUUUUGUUGAUAAAGAAAAGAAUUUUUAUUUAAUUUUGCUACACACGCACACAUCCUUUUACAUAGGAGUGAUUGCACUCGUGGGAGGAGGUUUGUUAGGAUGUGCAUUUCUUAAACACAUUUGCGGACUAUUUAGCAUUGCUAGUUAUCGUAUACAACAAUCAAUGAGAGUAAAACUUCAUGAAAAACCUGAUCUGAGGAACGAGAUGGAAAUCGAGAAGAAAAUAAUUUGUGCAGUGGAUAUUCAUCGCACAGCAAUUGAAUAUAAUGUGCGGUGGUAUACAGCUCCCAUACACAUACAGAAAUUAAUAUUGUUCCUGUUGCAAAGAAGGUGUAAACCUUACGGGCUCAAACUAGGUGGAAUUUUUACAGCAUCUUUAGAAAGCUUUGCUUCGUUAUUAACUGCAUCGGUAUCUUAUUUUACUGUUAUAUAUUCUACACAGAAGUGAUACCACUAUCAAUCACAUAAUAGUAAAUAGAAUGGAAAACAAAAAAUAAUCGAAAUAAUAUUUGAGGAAACAAAAUGUUAUGCAACAAGGUUAUUGAAGACAGUGUGUGCGUGUAUAAGCGUGCGUGUAAACUUGUAUAUUAUGGUUCUAUAUUUAUAAAAGUAUUUUUUAAA